CAGAUACACACACAUGUACAUAUGUAUGCACACACGCAUGUGCACACAUACAGGUAUACACACAUCCCAGGGAGGUUUCAUUAACGUUUUGAGAAGGUUUCAAUAAAACACGGCUGGCUUAGGUUAUUAACUUUUGAAAAACUCCAAGCACAGAUAGGACACUUGGAAAUUAAUUUAUCAUGCAAACACAUUUCUUUUCUUUUUUGUGGCACAGCAUCAGUGCGAUCCAAACCUAUGAUCUUCUGUUCUCUGUCCAUGGAAUUAUUCCACUGGCCACCAGGAUGGAGCUAGGGUGACAUUUUUUUUACUCAAACAAAGCUGUUCAUUUUAGUGUAUUCAAUUAGUGGGUGUGGCCAACACACCUGAACACACUUAACAAGAUAGACAAUAGAGAGAGUUUUGUUGACACUUUCUUUGUGUUCUAUGUUUUUAAAUAACAUUUUUAGAAUGUUCUUUAAACGUUACUAAUGUUUUCUUAAUGUUCUGAUAACAUGACGUUUAGUAAACCCAGAGAAAACCUGCAGUACUGAACUUCCUACAGAAGAACAUUCAUUCUUAACCUUCCCUGAACUAUUUGAGAACAUUCCCAAUGUUAAACCAGUUGGAGAACGCUCAUAGGAUAUUACCAAUCAUUUUUUAAACGUAACCAUGUGUUAACUUUUAGGAAACGUUCUGUUAAAGUAAUGAAAUACCAAUAAAAUGUGUUUUUUUGUCAAGUUCCUUAAAUGUGCUGAGAAUGUUCCAAAGCUAAGCAACUAUUCUGCACCAAUUCCCAGAAUGUUGUGGGAAGGUUGUAUUCAAAAUAACCAUAAGACAACCACACUCUCACCAAGCUCUAAGAAACACGUGGUUCUCAGAACGUUAUGUGCUGGCUGGGAUAGGAUCUCACACACCCACACACACGUGUAACCUUUUGGUUCCCUCCCAUUCCCUCCCAUUCUAGUCUCCUAUUGUGUUUCUCCAUCUAUGGUAUCUCACUGUUUACGCUACUUUCAUCUUCCUGUCAUCCUUUCCUGGACUCUAUUGUUGUGGUAUGUGUAUGUACGGCUGUGGACCCAGCUUUGAUGAAAAGGUCCCCAUCGUCAGACAGCAAUGGUGGAAAGCCAGCCAGACCCAUGAUAGCUGCCCUGCCUCUAAGGCACACUGUCAGCAACGGCACUGUCCUGCCCAAGAAAAGCUGUGGCACGCUACCGUCCCCCACCAGCUCCAGGAAGGAUGCUGCUGCACCAGCAACCAAAAGUCUCUCCAGUCUGUCUGGCAUACCCACCAGACUUAUCUACAUCACUUCUCCUUACAGCACUGUGAGGAGAACCAACUCCAACGAAACGAUGGGUACACUGACUCGUAAAGACAGCGGCGACUCCAAGAGCAACCGCACCCGCACCGGCUCUACCGGGAGCAACUCCAGCGGCAAGAGAGCCAGCGAAAGCAAACUUAAGGAGCCCGUUUUCAAUGCAGGGAUGCGACGAGUGACACACUGCAAAGAGGAAGGGUAUGUGAAAAUGUAUUUGAAGGGACGACCCAUCACCAUGUACAUGCCCAAAGACCUUGUGGAGACCUACUGCCUGGAAGCCAAAUCGGACCUGCCAAACAUAAAGCUCAAACUGGACUGGGUUUAUGGGUACAGGGGACGUGACUGUCGCUCUAACCUGUACCUGCUACCCACGGGAGAGACGGUCUACUUCAUUGCAUCUGUUGUGGUGCUGUACAACGUGGACGAGCAGCUCCAGAGACACUACACCGGGCACACUGAUGACAUCAAGUGUCUGGCUGUCCAUCCUGAUAAAAUCACCAUAGCAACAGGACAGGUGGCAGGCACCUCUCCUGAAGGCAAACAGUUGGCUCCUCAUGUGCGGGUUUGGGACUCUGUGAGCCUCAACACCCUCCACAUUCUGGGGACAGGUUUCUUUGACCGCGCCCUGGUUUGUCUUGCCUUCUCCAAGUCGAAUGGAGGCAACACGCUGUGUGUAGUAGACGACUCCAAUGACCAUGUGCUCUCUGUGUGGGACUGGCAGAGAGAGGAAAGACUAGCUGAUGUCAAGUGUUCCAACGAGGCAGUGUUCGCUGCCGACUUCCACCCCACUGACACCAACAUUAUAGUCACGAGUGGGAAGUCACACCUCUACUUCUGGACACUGGAGAGGGGUACCCUUACCAAGAAGCAAGGCUUGUUUGAGAAACAAGAGAAGCCCAAGUUUGUCUUGUGUGUGACUUUUUCAGAAAAUGGAGACACCAUAACUGGAGACUCAAGUGGAAAUAUACUGGUGUGGGGAAAAGGCACUAAUCGAAUUAGCCACGCCAUUCAGGGUGCACACGAGGGGAGCAUCUUUGCACUGUGUAUGUUGAGGAACAGCACACUGGUGUCAGGGGGAAAAGAUCGGAAACUCCUCUCUUGGGAUGGGAGCUACCAGCAGAUCCAAUCGGUUGAGGUUCCUGAGUUAUUUGGCCCCGUCCGCACUGUUGCCGAGGGCAAAAGGGAGAGUGUGCUUAUUGGGACCACCAGGAACUAUGUUCUACAAGGCAGUUUAUAUGGCGAAUUUACCCCCAUCACACAAGGUCACACCGAUGAGCUGUGGGGGUUGGCCGUGCACCCUUGGAAACCCCACUUCCUCACCUGUGGCCACGACAAGCAUGUCAGCCUGUGGGACGCCUCCUCGCACCAGCCUGUCUGGACCAAGAAUAUGGAGGACGCAGCUCAGUCUGCUGGAUUCCAUCCCUCUGGAGCAGUGGUUGCUAUAGGAACGCAGACCGGCAGGUGGCUGGUGCUGGAUACUGACUCUAAGGAUCUAGUCACAGUGCACACAGAUGGGAAUGAACAGCUGGCUGUUAUACGCUUUGCACCGGAUGGCAAUUUCCUGGCGAUUGGCUCUCACGACAACUACAUCUAUAUCUACGCAGUGGGGGAGAGCGGCAGGAAGUACGGUCGAGUGGGAAAGUGCUCGGGCCACUCCAGCUUCAUCACCCAUCUGGACUGGUCAGUGGACUCUCAGUACCUGGUGUCCAACUCAGGAGACUAUGAGAUACUCUAUUGGAUCCCAUCAGUGUGUAAACAGGUGGUGAGUGUGGAGACCACACGGGACAUCCCCUGGGCCACGUCCAACUGCACUCUGGGCUUCCAAGUCUUUGGGUUAUGGCCUGACGGCUCCGACGGGACUGACAUCAACGCCGUCUCCAGAUCCAAUGACAAAAGGCUGCUCGUCACAGGAGACAACUUCGGAAAAGUCCAACUUUUCUCAUUCCCCUGCUCUCAAUUCCGGGCUCCCAGUCAUGUUUAUGGCGGACACAGCAGUCAUGUGACCAACGUAAAAUUCCUGUUUGACGAUAGUUGCCUGGUUUCCACUGGGGGCAAGGACAUGAGCGUCAUGCAGUGGCGGGUAGUGUGAGGCGGCCAUUUUGGGGCAACAGACAGACAGUUUCUUUAUUGAUCAGGGUAGGGUGGGUAAGGGAAGGGUUGUACUCAUAGAGGCUUCCCUGUACAAUGAGCUUACGAUGAUGUUGCCCCAAGAAGCUGAUCUUGGAUCAGUUUUGUAUUUACCCCAUUAAUGGGUUAGAAUUUGGGGAGGGCUGAUUCUAGAUCUGUUCCUAGGGUUGACUUCACUCCAGAGUUUAGCUUUUUGGUGGGUGGGAUGGGUUGUGGGUGGGUUGGGGACGAAGAGCAUCGCAACAAAGGAUGAUACAACAGGGAGUACCUAUUGUUUCGUCUUUAAUCGUUCCGUCUGUCUCCUUUAUUUUGUAUAUUUCACACCUCAGGAAACCAAUAGAAAAUUAGGAGUUGAAUUUAUUCCCUUUGCCAUAUCAAUCUACUCUGGCCUGGUAGAGAUAGCACUCCACAUUUGAAAGUGGAUGGCAGGUAGCCUAGUGGUUAAGAGUGUUGAGCCAGUGAGCAAAAUGUUGCUGGUUUGAAUCCCCAAGCUGAUUAUGGGAAAAAUCUGUUGAGCAAGGCAUUUUAGCCAAAUUGCUCUGGGUAAGAGUGGAUGCAUAAUGGAAGUUUUCAUUUUUACUAUGUGCAUUUACUAUGUGCACAUGCAUUUGGUUCAAACUGAUGCUGACAGAGAGUAAAUGACCAAUAUUCCAAUGAUUACACUCUUUCAUCAUAUGAUGUUUAUUUUAUAAUGAAUACAUCAGGUUUACCCCAGGCAGUUUGUUACUAGGCCAAGUGUGCGGUUGAAUAGAUGCGAAUUCUGUGACGCUACAUGGGAAUAUGAAGAUAUUAACUCUCUGCUGCCACUGUCUGGCUUCCUGAGGUAUUGAAUGGUGUCAUAAUGACUACUUCACUAAUGCUCUGCAAACUAUAAUACAUGAUAAAGUAUCACACUGGCAUUUCAAAGAGCCCUUUAAAAACAAAUGAAUAAUUAUUUAAAUGAAUAAUCAAUGAUUAUUUACACCUGUUGAAAAGCAUCAUUUUGGGACACAAAUGACUGAAGUUAAACUACAUUUCAAACAUAUUUGGAUUACACUGUUAUAUAUCUGCUGCCGAUGUCACUUCCUUCCUGAGCCUCCCUUAUCUUCCUGUAUGGUCCUCAAACUAGUUAGGUAAAUAAGAGGUUUGUACUAAUCAGACCAUUGCACUGUAAUUGUUUUCUCUCCAAUACCCUUUUCACACUAUAGUGCCGAACCAUCCGUACCGUGCUGACUCAAUAUUUUCUUUUCACAUUGUCCUUUUCAGCACGGCUACAGUAACUACAUGGAAGCUAACCAGAUUAGCUCAGUACAGCUUGUUUGGCUCGGUUUGGCUCAGUAGUGUGAAAAGUCCUAAUGUGUGCUCCCCUAUUGUGCACUGUUUGCCAUAGGCAAGUAAUCACUACUCCAAGGCUUAAGGCCCACUCUUGAUAUUUACAGCUGUUUUUGAUCUCUCCAAGGCUUAAAGUAACCUGUGAUUUAGCUACCAUA